AUGGAGGUCGGUGCGGGGAAGCCCAGCUUUCUGAGGAACAUUCUAGCGCGGGUGCUCCUCCUCGGUGUUUUACUCAUCGUCGUCCGUUUCGCCUACGUCGUCACCAUAACCGGGGAGUCUUGCAACGUCGGCAACUUCUGCUUCUUCCCCCUCCCGGAGAACUUCAAUUUCGUUGCCGGAACUGGAGUCGUCAACAAGGCCGUCCGAUCUCAGCCGGCUGGACAGUCGAGGAGUGAUCUCUACACAAGCAAGGACUGGAUCAAGUCCGUCCACUUCUACUCCUCCGUCUUCCAAGAUCUGAUCUCCGAAGGAUUCCUCUCCCCGGACUCCAAGUCUCUCUGCGUCGAGACGCCCUUCGGCCAGGAGGUCUUCGCUCUGAAGGAGAUUGGCGUUUCCGAUGCCGUCGGAAUUUACAAGAAGGCGUCGAAGCCGCUGGUGAUUUCCGCCAAAUUGAACCGCAUUCCGUUCGGCGGCGACACCUUCGACUUCAUUUUCUCUGGCGGAGGCCGAUUCGACGGGGUGUCUCGCCCGCUCGAUUUCGCAUCGGAGAUUUCCCGGACGCUCAAACCCGAAGGGUUUGCGGUGGUCCAUGUGAGGGCGAAUGAUACGUAUAGUUUUGAUUCAUUUCUUGAUUUAUUCAAUUCUUGUAAGCUGAUCCGGUCUCGCGAUGUCGACGGUUACGAUUCGUCGAUGCCGUACAUUCGAGAGAUCGUUCUGCAAAAACACACUCAAAUUCUUCGCCGCCCGGGGAAAUCCCCUGCCGGCGGCGGUUCGGGAAAUAAAUGCUCGAUUCCAGGGCACAAGCUGGAGUUGGUCCGUGAUGCCGAGCCUCUUAUUAAACAGGAGCCACUCAAGCCAUGGAUUACACUGAAGAGGAAUAUAAACAACGUUAAGUAUUUACCAGCAAUGGCCGAUAUAAGCUUCAAGAACAGAUACGUGUAUGUAGAUGUUGGAGCAAGGAGCUAUGGUUCAAGCAUCGGGAGCUGGUUCAGGAAGCAGUACCCAAAGCAGAACAAGACCUUCGAGGUGUAUGCAGUUGAAGCUGACAAAACUUUCCAUGAGCAGUAUAAGCUGAAGAAAGGUGUCACCUUGCUGCCUUAUGCUGCUUGGGUGAAGAAUGAAACUUUGUCGUUUGAAGUCCAUCGGGAUCCUGGGGAACAGGUUUCGGAUAAAGGGAGAGGGAUGGGGAGGAUUCAACCGGUGAAAUCUUCUUCCUCUGGUGGGGGAUUCGAUGGAGUGGUUGAUGAGAUCGAAGGGUUUGAUUUCGCCCAGUGGCUGAAGAGGACAGUGACAGAGAAGGACUUCGUUGUGAUGAAGAUGGAUGUGGAAGGGACCGAGUUCGACUUGAUUCCGAGGUUGUUCAAAACUGGAGCGAUUUGUUUGAUUGAUGAACUGUUUCUUGAAUGCCAUUACAAUAGGUGGCAGAGAUGUUGCCCUGGAGUGAGGAGCCCCAAAUACGAGAAGACGUAUGAGCAAUGCUUGGAUCUGUUCACUUCUCUAAGAGAAAGUGGAGUUCUUGUCCAUCAAUGGUGGUGA